UAAUUCAAACUACCAUAUUUAUGUUAGUAACAUUAUUAAUUGUAUCCCUUAUAGAUCAUUCAUGUUCCUCCGCUUCGCAUUGUUGUUCCCCGGAAAGGUCAUUGAGUCGGACACAUCCUAAUGUGAGGGGAAGGUUUGUGGAGUACCGUGUAGACUCCGAUGCUCUGCAGAUACUUUAAUUCCCUGACCUCUUUUUCAUCAACACACUCACGAGAGAGCGUCGGAGUUUAGCAUGUUUAGCUUAAUAAAUAAGCGUGUUUUAAACGACGGUUGUAUUUGUCCCAUAUUACGGAUAUGCAUGGCCAGAGUGACAGCUCUCCCCGAAGCACCCAGUCUUAGAAAUAUCUCCACUGGACGUACGACAUCUGAACAUAUUUUGUCUAAAUCGCAUGGCCGGUUACUAAGAUGUGCCAGACACCUAUCUGGCAGACCGGGAGGAGCGAUGAACGUGUUUGACAGGGCUAUGAAGCGCCAGCAGAAGAAGUGGGCAGCAUCGCUCCAGGACGGUGACAAGUACGAUUACUUAAGAGCAGAGGCUGGACUACGGGUGGCAGACAGAGUUUACGACAUUGCAAGGACCUUUCCUCUGGCAUUAGAUGUCGGCUGUGGGAAAAGUUACAUAGCUGAGAAUUUGAGCAAGGAUGUAGUUGAACGGUUCUUCCUUACUGACAUCUGUAACAAGUCACUGAGGCAGCAGAGGGAGAGUGAGAUGCCCACCCACUGCGUCCUGGCCGACGAGGAGUUCCUGCCAUUCAAAGAGAACACUUUUGAUCUCGUGGUCAGCAGUCUGAGCUUGCAUUGGAUCAACGAUCUUCCUGGUGCCCUACGACAGAUCCAGCAUGUGCUGAAGCCUGACGGCGUGUUCAUCGGGGCGAUGGUGGGCGGGGAGACCCUGUACGAGCUGCGCUGCUCACUGCAGCUGGCCGAGCUGGAGCGCGAGGGCGGCUUCGCCCCGCACAUCUCCCCCUACACGGCCGUCACCGACCUGGGCAACCUGCUGGGGCAGGCCGGCUUCAACAUGCUCACGGUGGAUAUUGAUGAAAUUCAGGUCAACUACCCAGGGAUGCUUGAGGUCAUGAAUGACUUGAAAGGAAUGGGGGAAAGCAACUGUUCCUGGAACAGGAAACCGAUUCUCCACAGAGACACCCUGCUCGCAGCGGCAGCCAUCUACAAGGAGAUGUAUGGCAAUGAGGAUGGCACGGUCCCGGCCACCUUUGAGGUUCUGCACAUGAUUGGCUGGAAGCCCCAUGAGUCUCAGGCCAAGCCAGCACAGAGGGGGUCAGCCAACGUCUCCUUUGCAGACCUGUCCAAGAUCGGCAAAACGCCACCGGACCAAAAAUCAUAGUCUGUGUGAGUGUGUGUGUGUCUGUAUGUGUGUGUGUGUGUGCGUGUGUAUAGUAGUAAGGUACUUUUUCUGUACUUUGUUGGUAAAGAGACCACGCAGGCUGAAGUGAAUUCAAUGAAAUAUUAGUCUAAAUCUGUACACUUGUAAAGAAAUUCAAAAUGUCAAUAAAUGAUCUAUAGUAGUCCAA